ACAACUUUGACAAUUCAAUUUCUCCUAGAUGAAAUAUAAGAAUUUUCAUUAAUAUUUAUUUUUUAAAUUACUUUAUCUUUGUAGAAUGAAUAAUGCACCGCAAUUUUCUUUGCGUUGGAAUAAUUACGUUACGCACGUUACAGAAGCAUUUAAUGUUUUACGAUUUGAGAACGAUUUGGUGGAUGUCACCCUGUGUUGUGACGGUGGCAAAAUAAAAGCCCAUAAAAUGUUAUUAUCUGCUUGUAGCAGCUAUUUUAAGCAAAUUUUUAAAGAAAAUCCUUGCCAGCACCCUGUGAUAAUAUUUAGAAACUUUAAAUUUGAAGACCUAAAUGCUAUCGUCAACUUUAUGUAUCAUGGUGAAGUGAAUAUUUUUCAAGAGCAAUUGGAGUCGUUCCUUAUCACGGCAGAGCUUUUAGAAGUAAAAGGAUUGACCGAUAAUAUCGAGGAUGAAUCGCCAAAAAGCCAAUUGAAAAUGAAUGACAACAUUUCAUUAGAUUUAAGUUCAAAGUCGACCCGUUUUUCUGAAGAUAUUGUGCCAGUAUUAUUGGAUGAGCCGAUAAAUUUAGCUACAAUGCAAAGCGAUAGAGCCAGAGAAGAAUACAUUCCACAAAAUAAUUCGCUGACAAGUCUUCCUGAUCAAGAGAAUGAACAUUCAGAAUCACGACCUAGUAUUGCAAAAUUGGAUGAGAGUUCGAGCACAAGACCCAAAACAGCAAUUACAAAUGAAGACAUGCAAGUUGAUCAAUCAACGUCAGCAGAAGAUAUUUUAGAGAAGAGCACUUCUGAAUCCGACUUGGCGAAAUUUCGUUGUCAACUAUGUCCAAAAGGUUUUAAGCAUCCAACAUCAUUGACUCUACAUAAGGACUCUCAUGCUGGGAAAACACAAUGUCCUGUCUGUCACCGUUCAUUCUCGCGAUCAUAUGACAUGAGGAGUCAUUUACAAAGGAUACACCAAGGGAAACAGUUGACAAUAAAGGAAAUAAGAUAUAAAAAUAGCAGUGACAAUGUUGGGCCCAAGCAGUUCACUCAUAACAUAUAGUCCUAAGAAUAUGGUAACUACCUGUAGUUAUCACAAAUUAAAGCACCUGGUGCAUAAUAUCUGUAUAAUUUAGAGUAUAUUCAUAAAUUAUGUCACAUGAUUUUUGAUCCUCUCUUCAUCCUUGUCAAAACUGUCCACAUUUCAGAAAUUCCUCAGCUCCAACUGUUUUGAACUAGUUUGUUCCUCUCAUCCUAUGUUACACAAUGCCGCUCCUUCAGUCCUCUUAACAUAUUACCUAAUUUAUGUAUAUACCCUAUGAAAAUGUUUAUGUGUAUAAAUAAAGUGAAGGAUAUUAUAGCAGUUUUAUGAUGUUCAUAAUGAAGUAUAUUUUAUUUAAUAUUUAUAUUAAGUCACAAAAAAAUUGCUCAGUGCUGUAGCUUUGGCUAUUUUUAUACUAG